AAAAGGGCUCGAAAGAAAAGCAAGAAGGACCCGGAUGCCCCCAAGCAUCCUAUGUCUGCAUUUCUAUACUACUUGACAUCUGAAAGACCACGGCUUGCCAAACAUAUCGGCGACAUGACUAUUGGCCAGCAGACAAAGCUCAUCGCCAAACAGUGGAAGGUCAUGGAUGAUAAUAAGAAGGCGCCCUGGGAGAAAAUGGCAAGAAGCGACAAGGACCGUUAUGCACGCGAGCGGCGAGAGUAU